AGGCCGGCGCGCGAGCGUCACCCCGCCGCCCAGUGACCGAGGACGCGGGAGCCCGGCCCGGCCAUGGGGGGCUGCGCGCGGCUGCUGCUGCUCUGGGGCUGCUCGGCGCUGGCCGCAGGCCUGAGCGGAGUAGCUGGAAUGAGUUCCCGCUGUGAAAAAGCCUGCAACCCUCGCAUGGGAAAUUUGGCUCUAGGGAGAAAACUCUGGGCAGACAGCACCUGUGGUGAGAACGGCACUGAACUGUACUGCUUCUACAGCGAGAACGCCGAUGGCACUUGCAGGCAGCCCAAGUGUGACAAGUGCAAUGCGGCCCACCCUCACCUGGCCCACCUGCCCUCUGCCAUGGCCGACUCGUCUUUCAGGUUUCCCCGCACGUGGUGGCAGUCUGCAGAGGAUGUGCACAGAGAGAAGAUCCAGUUAGACCUGGAGGCUGAAUUCUACUUCACUCACCUAAUUAUGGUGUUCAAGUCCCCCAGGCCAGCAGCCAUGGUGCUGGACCGGUCCCAGGACUUUGGAAAGACAUGGAAGCCUUACAAGUACUUUGCCACUAACUGCUCAGCUACCUUCGGCCUGGAAGACGAUGUUGUCAAGAAGGGAGCUCUUUGCACCUCUAGAUACUCCAGUCCUUUUCCGUGCACGGGAGGCGAGGUUAUUUUCCGAGCUUUGUCACCACCGUACAAUGCAGAAAACCCUUACAGUGCCAAAGUUCAGGAGCAGCUGAAGAUCACCAACCUCCGCGUGCAGCUGCUAAAACGACAGUCUUGUCCCUGCCAGAGAAAUGACCUGACCACGAAGCCUCAACAUUUUACACACUACGCAAUCUAUGAUUUCAUUGUCAAGGGCAGCUGCUUCUGCAAUGGCCACGCUGAUCAGUGUGUGCCUGUUGAUGGCUUCAGGCCCAUCAAGGCCCCAGGAGCAUCCCAUGUGGUCCACGGGAAGUGUAUGUGUAAGCACAACACAGUGGGCAGCCACUGUCAGCACUGUGCACCGCUGUACAACGACCGACCCUGGGAGGCAGCGGAUGGCAGAACGGGGACCCCUAAGGAGUGCAGAACCUGCAAGUGCAAUGGGCAUGCGGACACCUGUCACUUCGACAUUAAUGUGUGGGCCGCGUCAGGGAAUCGCAGCGGCGGGGUCUGCAGCAACUGUCGGCACAACACAGAGGGGCAGCACUGCCAGCGCUGCAAGCCAGGCUUCUACCGUGACCUCCGCAGACCCUUCUCUGCCCCAGAUGCUUGCAAAGCCUGUUCAUGCCACCCCGUCGGAUCAGCUGUCCUUCCUUUCAACUCGGUGAUCUUCUGUGACCCCAGCAAUGGUGACUGCCCUUGCAAGCCUGGGGUGGCAGGGCCACAUUGCGACAGGUGUAUGGUGGGCUACUGGGGCUUCGGAGACUACGGCUGCAGGCCUUGCGACUGCGCAGGAAGCUGCGAUCCUCUCACGGGAGACUGCAUCAGCAGCAACGCAGACAUAGACUGGUAUCACGAAAUUCCUGACUUCCGGCCCCAGCACAACAAGAGCGAACUGGCCUGGGCCUGGGAGGACGAGCAGGGGUUUUCUGCGCUUCGCCACUCAGGUAAAUGUGAAUGCAAGGAACAAGUGUUAGAAAACUCCAAGGCAUUCUGUGGAAUGAAAUAUACAUAUGUGCUAAAGAUAAAGAUUUUAUCAGCUCAUGAUAAAGGCUCUCAUGCUGAGGUCAAUGUGAAAAUUAAGAAAGUCUUAAAAUCUACCAAAUUAAAGAUUUUACGUGGAAAGCGGACAUUAUAUCCAGAAUCAUGGACAAACAGAGGCUGCACUUGUCCAAUCCUCAAUCCUGGUCUGGAGUACCUUGUGGCCGGACACGAGGAUGUAAGAACAGGCAAAUUAGUUGUGAAUAUGAAAAGCUUUGUCCAACACUGGAAGCCAUCUCUUGGAAGAAAAGUCAUGGAUAUUUUAAAAAGAGAGUGCAAAUAGCAAUCAAAGGCGGGUAGCACCUAAUGGCACUUCUCCGUGUACACAACACAAACUUAAUGAAAAUGAGACCUCAGAAACUGAACUGGAAGUUUUUAAAGUGCCAAAAUGUAAAGAAAUGUUCAAAUACAUGGGCCUUGUCUAACCAAUCUGUUCUAGACCCAUGUUUAAAUUCAGUUUUGCUUCAUAAAGAGGAAUGAGAAACCCUAUCCUGAUAUCAGUUUUCUAUGGAACUGAUUCUGAAAGUCAUAAUUAUUAGGGAGAUUUUAAUAGCAGCAUGAUAUUUAGCAGCAGUCCAUUAAGGGCAGUACCUCUAACGAGGACUCCUCCCAGCUUCAGCUGAGUUACUUACCUUUGAUGCUACUUAAAGUACUUCGUGGGAUUUUAAGGAAUCCCCACCCCUAUUAUCAGGAAAGGUAUUUCUUACAAAGAGCCUUCCCUUGGGAGCUGUGUAUGAACUGUGGUCUGGAGGGUGAGAUGAACUUCACGUGUGUAUAGUAUUUCUUUGUACAAAGCACUUUACUACCUGCCACUUGUGUUGUAAAAAUUCGGAGACUGCUGCUGACAGGAAGAAAAGAAAAGGGUAUGUAAGAAAACCUACUGAAACAGAGCACUGCCUCUACCUGUGGACAAAAAUGACCAUAUAGAGGAAGUUGUUCUAUUUAACUCUGAAGCCUUGGAGAAACAAUGGGAGGACGCAACUUAAAAAGAGAGUAUGUUUUCAUGAAGUCUCAGCUUUGGGCUAGAGGUUAGAUUCCACGUUACUGGCCACCCUGAAAUGGUUUUAAAAACUAAACAAAAAGAGACUUUAAAAUAAGGAAAAGAAAUCAUAAGUGUAGAAAACAAUGUUUGCAUAAAGGAGAGGUGGACGUUAAAUUUUUUAAAAGCUCAUUUAUUUCCAAUGCACUUGUACACAUUUCAAAAAUUAUUGUAGACACAGAAUGUGUUGUAUUUUUGUGUUUAGUAUUUAAACCUAAACAUCAAAACAGUUUUCUUCCUUGUCUUUAUUAACAGUAAUGGUCAUUAUAUAUAUAUAUAUGUAUAUAUAUGUAUAUAUAUAUGUAUAUAUAUAUACAUUAAUUUUAACACAAUGUAUGUGAUACUUCACCAAAUUGCAGUUUUUCAUUAUUUUUCAUUUUCCAUGCAUAACCACUAUAUAUAUAGUUUCUUUUAUACUUGAAUAUACAAAACAUGAACCACAGUGCCAUAAGAUUAAAUUCACAUACAGAACAUAUUUCUUUC